AUUGCAUACCGUUAUCGUGUUAAUGAUAACUCGAAACCGAAAAUGAUAAAAAUGAUGAUAUAUCACAGGAUGUACAUGAUUCAUUGUGUUGUUUAUUAUAUGUAAGAAUAUUGUUAAUCGGACUAUAUCAUUGGACGUUUUAAGGAAUAAAAAGGAUCGAGUAUAUACACAUUUAACUCAUUAAUAUAUAUCUAAAAGUAAUGAAGUGAACAACUAAAUUUAAUACUAACAUGUACAGAAAUGUUUCACAAACGGAAUUAAACAGAGAAAUAAACCGUCAAUUUACAUGGCUUGCAUAACGUUGACUGUGUCUCUAAUGACAAUGUGUAUGACAUAAUCAGGAAAUAAUCUUAGGCUGAGCGCAUUGAUGUGAUUUAUUGACAGAUCACACAAGAAUCGCCCUUGGUGUACUACAUCACAGAGAUGCAACCCGAGAAAAGGUCAAGGAUCUCAACUAUAUCAUAUUAAGUGUUUAAGGACCACGGCUAUAAUACAUAAAGUGUUUAAGAAUCACGGCUAUAUUACGUAAAGUGUUUAAGGAUCACAACUGUAUCAAAUAAAAUGUUAAAGGACCGCGGCUACUGUACAUAAAAUGUUUAAGAAUCAUGGCUAUAUUGCGUAGUGUGUAAGGAUCACGGCUAUAUUACAUAAAGUGUUUAAAGAUCACAACUGUAUCAAAUAAAGUGUUAAAGGUUCAUGGCAAUAUCGCAUAAAAUGUUAUAGGAUCACGGCUAUUGUACAUAAAAUGUUUAGGGAUCACGGGUAUAUUGCAUAGUGUGUAAGGAUCACGGCUAUAUUACAUAAAGUGUUUAAAGAUCACAACUGUAUCAAAUAAAGUGUUAAAGGUUCAUGGCAAUAUCGCAUAAAAUGUUAUAGGAUCACGGCUAUUGUACAUAAAAUGUUUAGGGAUCACGGCUAUAUUGCAUAGUGUGUAAGGAUCAAGGCUAUAUUACAUAAAGUGUUUAAAGAUCACAACUGUAUCAAAUAAAGUGUUAAAGGAUCACGGCUAUAUUACAUAAAGUGUUUAAGGAUCACGGCUAUAUAGCAUAAAGUGUCUAAGAGUCGCGGCUAUAUUUUAUAAAGUCCGGCUGUAUUACAUAAAGUCUUUAAGAAUCACGGCCAUAUUACAUAAAGUAUUAAAGGGUCACAUGUUAUGCAAAUCACAUGCGUUAUUUACGAUGCGCCGGGCAUUUCAAACAAUCGCAGUUUAAGUAAAUAAAAUACAAAGUGAAGGAUAAAUUUUGAAACAUGAAUACAACACCAAAUUAUCCUGAUAGUAAUAUAACGGCAGCUGUCAUUUUAAAGUCGUUCCAUUCUGUUCCUGUUUAUGUUCUUGCACUUUCAAUAAUCAGCUGUUGCCUUUCUUUAGCUGGAGUGAUAUGCAUAUUUGUUUCAUAUUAUGCCAUUGUCUCUAUUCGAAACUAUAUUAGAAAACUUCUAUUGUUCUUGACCCUUGCUAACCUAAUUGACGUACUUGGUAUUAUAAUAGGGAUUGUCCGCUAUAUGCUGCUGGAAUACACUGACGAAAAAUACAAACAUGAGAAACAAACGUGCAUUUUUCAGAGUAUGAUAACGUCAUUUGCACCAUGCAGUUCGUUUUUCUGGACUGUAUUUAUUGCCAUUUAUUUUCAAGUUCAAGUUCUGAAACCAAGCUGGGCUGAUAAAAUGUCGAGCAAAGCUUCGUCGGUGGUAUACCACGUUUUGUCAUGGGGAAUACCAGGUGUUAUUUGCGUCCUUGCACUGUACUAUAACGUUUUCGGAGAUACUGAAGAAAUAUACACUGGACCUUGGUGUUGGAUAAAGACAAGUCAGUCCAGGAAACAUGCCUUAGUCUGGAUGCUGCUUACAGUAAAAGGAUGGGAACUACUUUCUUAUCUCAUUUUAGCCGAAGUUCUCGUUUUCGUCGUUUUCAAAAAAUACAUAUUACCAAGAUGCCUCCGGCGACACAGAAGACCAUAUACAGAAUUAUUUGAUCAGGGUAUAAAUAUUUCUACAAGACUAAGAAGAGAAGACAAGAACUUUGUUUAUGUUUGGCUUAUAUUUUACGUACUACGAUUCGGUGGAACCUUUCGUUUUCUGAUGCAUGCCAUCCACGGACCACUUAUCGACCAUUUCAUGGUGCGCACAGCCAGGGUAAUGAUGGUUUGGCAAGCAUUUGGAGAUACAGCGCAGGCGUUUGGAAACUUUAUUUUCCUUUGUGUCUGUGACAAAACUAUCCGGCAACAUUAUCUCUGCAGAACAGCUACUGAUAGAAAUACUGGUCACGUGACAGAAGAUGAAAAUAUCAAUGAAGCUGAAACCUCUUCUUUACAGACAUAAACACGUCACAAGAGAUACAAAUCAUUUUGUUUCAUUGUUUAUUCUUUUAAUUAAGUAAUUUAUUUAUCGAUUGUUAAUUGUUAUUGUAUAAUUAGUUUUUGCUUGCUUUGUUUUAAGUCACACGAUAUAACUCAGUUCAUUUGGCGACUUUCCAGCCAUAACAGAGGGAAAUGAAUACGAGUACAUAGAACAGUCGAAUAUUUUAAAAAAAUAAAAAUAAUUUCAGCUACGAUUGUUACAUAUAGAAUAGGCAAAUUUAAUCUGUCUUACUUUUUAUGAUUAUAUUAUUGAUUUUCAUUGUUAUGUUCACAAGUGUCAAGUUAUCACAAUGGAACUUUAUAAAGAGAGACAUAUUUUAGGCAAGCUUAUCACGUUGCAAAUAAUUUCUUUGAUAUUUUCGAAUAGGCUGUUGGUACUGUUUUUCUUUAUCCGAAUGUCUGGAACUAGAAAAAGCAUACUGUUUUGUAUCCGGAUGAAUUGGAGUGAUGUGACAUAAAAUAUAAAACAAAUGAUAUUGCAGUUUACUUUCUUGCUAGUAUGUAUUCUACAUGUGUUUUGCAAUCAUCCCGUGAAUGCGGCUAUGGUGCAAUUUUGUAUUGUUCAAAAAGAAAACUUAAAAAAUUGUCCAAUUUCUGUAUAUUGUAUAACUACGCCAGAUGUAUACUUGCAUACGGGUUGUUAUUUAUUGCCAGAGCCGGGAUUCGGACUGCGUUGUUAUUAAAGUCUCAGAAUGCCUUGUUUACAAUGUGGCUGUCACAUUUUCCUUAAUGAACACUAAAGUAUAUUGAUUUUUUUGCUAAAUCCUCUGAUAAUUAUUUUCUCUAAUAUUGGUCAAAGGCUUGAAUAUUGAUGGACAUGAAAGGAAAUUUGAUUGAAACUAUUGCUUUUGAUUACCUCACAUUAUGACUCUUACUGUAAAAGUUCAUGUGUAGUGUUAAAAGAAAUGUGUUUCUAACAAUGUUAUCAUGCAUAACAUCUAUUUAGAUAGCUGUUUCAUCUGAAUUUAGCAUAAAAUUUUAAGCCUUAUGGCACUUUAUAAACGAGGUUUUCACAUCCAUUGUCGUAAGCGAAACUAGUUUGAUUUAUAUUAGUGAGCGCUACCCGACCGUAUGCAUAGGUGGUGAGGUAUCAAAACCAGUGCUCAUGAAGUACAGUGUAUCCAAAGGGUUUGUCCUGGGCACAAAGAACUACUUAAUGUACACAAAACCAGUCGGAGCUAUCUGCAGAAAGCACGGACUGAACAAUCAUUUCUAUGCGGACGAUUCGCAGUUAUAUCAAUGCUUCAAACCAAUAAACAGAAUUUCUAUUGAAGAGACCAUCCAUCGCGUUGAAAGUUGUUUAUAGGAUAUAGUAAGUUGGAUGAAUACCAACAUGUUGAAACUCAAUGCUGAAAAAAACCCAGAAUUAAUCAUAUUUUCAUCUGAACACAAAACACACUCUGUUUCAAACAUAUCUGUGAAAGUGGACGGCUCUAAAGUCAAACAAUCAGGCAAUGUCAGGGACCUCGGUGCUUUCCUGGACUCGAACAUGAGGAUGGAGCAACAUGUGAAUAUUGUGUGUAGGAAUUCCUAUGCACAGUUGCGGCAAAUUAGUCACAUCAGACAAUAUAUAAAUAUGCAAAAUUUCAAAAAUACGCUAACGACGCAUUAUUUCAUACAAUUCUUUGAGAACUAAUCUCACUAAAUCAAUUACUUUAAUCGAGAACUCUAGUGUGACAGAAUAAUAGACAGUGUUUUUCUGUGGGAUGUAUCAUGGACAAUUUAGGUGGGGAUUGACCAAAUCAUCCGUGACGGUUUGCAUGCUGUGAUGCAUACUGAUUAAUUCUGUCUGUUCAAAAUGUAAGAUAUCUUCUGUUCUAUUCUGCUCUAACCUGUGUCUUUUAUAGGCCAGUUAAUAUUUUACGCUAUUGUAUUUUGUUUCAUGUUUUGAUCUGCUAACCUUUAAUUUAAAACGCUAUGUAUCUUAUUACCGUAAUGUAAUUUUAAAUUCUUUCUAUAAUAUCAAUUACCAUUUUAUUGAACAUUAUAUAAAUGCUUAUAUGUAAUUACUAAAGCACUUUUGAACGGAUUUUUUAUAUGAAAAGAGUGCUAUAUAAAUGUGGUAUAUAAUAAUAAUAAUAAUAAUACAACCACCUGAAGUAAAAAGAUAAACGUAUAAAUAUUGUAUUAACCCUUACCCUGCCAAAUGUCUAUAAUGAACUAGUCCAUCUUUUAAUUUGGACAAUGCCAUUAACUGCGACCAGUGUAGAUCAUAAUCAGCCAGUAUCUUUCGGUAAGCACCCUUUUAACAAUUAAUGGUACUGUCCAAAUUGAACGAUGAACAAGUUCAUUAUAGAAAUGUAGCAGGGUAAGAGUUAACUGUUAAAAGGGGAGCUUAAAAAAAAGAUACAUACUGAAUCGCGAAUAGUGCAGAUCUUAUCAGAAAAAAAAUGAACGAUUCCGGAUUGAGGAUAAACAUGCUUCAGAAACCUGCAAAACAAUGAUUUUAAAAGCAUUUGCCAAACAUGCAUCUUAUAAUUAAUGUUAAAAGCCUAUUUAUCGGGAAUUCAGAAACUCUUGGGGGAAGUGCAUUCCUUUCAAAAAAUAAUAAAUAAUAGCUUGAAUGAAAGAUUCAUUGUCUCACGAGGAUCAUACAUUACUGAUCAGAACUGGAAUGUUUUCAACAUUGUGUUAGUCUAAUUGACAGGCCAACCAGUCUCGGCACUAAUGUGUGUAGUUUAGAUACUACUUUUAUUGUGACAACUGUCAGUCAUAUAAGAAUAUGGUAAUACACGAGAUGUAUUAAAAUCUGGUAUUACUACAAUAAAAUUAAUACCAGAUUUUAAUACCUGAAAUGUUGAUGUUUAAUAGCUGAUUUUAGUAACCUGAAAUGUUGUGCCGAUAUUUAUUAUGUACAGAUAUGUCCCGCAUAUUAACUAGACCCGUGUGAUACCGCCUCGGUAGCCUAGUGGUAGAGCGUCCGCUUUGAGUGCGGGAGGUCGUGGGUUCGAUCCAUAACCAAAGACGUAAAAAAUGGUACUAGUAGCUUCCUCGCUUGGCGCUCAGCAUUAAGAGGAUAGUGCUAGGACUGGUCAGCCCGGUGUCAGUAUAAUGUGACUGGGUGGCGUAUCAUGCCACGUGAUUACGGCGUGAUAUUCCAGUGAGGCAGCACUAUAAAGUUGGGCAUUGUGCUCACUGCUACAAGUAGACACCGUCGUUUACAUGACUGAAAAAUUGUUGAAAAAGACGUUAAACCCGAACACACACACAGACCCGUGUGAUAUCGCGCCUUCACAUGAUUUAGAAAACAGUAAUAACAGCAUUGACAUUUUAUAGUAGAACAUGUUUAUAUAAAAAUAACUAAAUACAAAACACGUAUGACACGUUUAGUGCUUUCCUUCUUGGUAUGGAUUUUGAAAAUAGCGUUCGCACUUUACAAUUGUUUAUGGUGCUUGUCGCAUGACAUCACUUGUAAAACAGGAAGUUUUCUCUUAAGGCCUAAAUAAAAAUUUCUUUGUUUCCGAUAGCAUGCUAAAAAUUAGAGUAGACAGGUCCAACUUUUUUUUAGAUUUAAUUUAUUAAGCGAGACUUUCCGGAAAUUAUUUUUGUGUCAAAAAUGAAUACAAAUCAAGGGAUAAUGCAUUUAUAGCAUCAGUAAGUUGAUUUUUCACAUCACUGACCAUGUUUAAAGCAUAAAAAGUGCAGUUUUGCAAUUUUUUGUUAAAACGUUGAAAAAAAAAAUCUCCAAAAAAGCAUUUAGGGUCGGGCCAAAAUUUUAGGGAAGGUCGGGAUACCGGAAACAAACAAUUUUUUUUACGCCUAAAGGUUUAGCUAAAUUUUUUUUAAUGCAGGCAAACAAUUAUAUUACCCGUUCCGAAACCACUAAAUGUUCAAUCUCUCUUGAGAAAUUAACGAAACAGUGCGAUCUUGGACUAAAAGUUAAUGAAUUGUUUAACUUUAUUUAUCACUUGGACUAAAUGUUAUUGAAUUGUUUAACUUUAUUCAUCACAUGUUAGACGUCGCGGGAGUGUAAUAAAGCCAUUAAAUAAAAAUGAAAAUACAAUAGCGUAAUAAAGCUUUGACGUCGACGUAGUUUAUAGUAUUAUAGGAGACGUUGGUCCAAUUGACUUGUUUAUAAUAGUUAAAGAAAGAAGAACUUUUGAUGUUUCGACAGGAAAAGCUAACAUGUGAUAAAAAGAAUAUUAUGACUUUCCACAUUGAAUGUAUCAAACUCAUUGAAUAAAACUGAUUAAUGCUUGA